AUGAACUUCACUUUUAAUACUUUGAUAUAAAGUAGCAUGUCUAUAUAAGACGUUGUUUAUGGAUCACAAUCUGUACGUGUGUAUCUUUGGUUGUACAUAAAGAUUCGUGUUGAUUUCUGAAUACGCUAUAUUAAUUUAUAUUAUUAAAAAUGAGUAUACUUGCGUACAAUGGUGGAGCAAUAAUAGCUAUGAAAGGAAAAAAUUGUGUGGCAAUAGCUGCUGAUCGUAGAUUUGGUAUUCAAGCGCAAACUGUGACUUGUGACUUUCAAAAACUAUACGAGAUGGGACCACAUUUAUAUGUUGGACUUCCUGGUCUCAGUACCGAUAGCCAAACGGUGAUGGAAAGGCUGCGUUUCCGUUUGAAUUUAUAUGAAUUAAAAGAAAAUAGAAAAAUUCAUCCUAAAACUUUUGCUGCGAUGAUAUCAAACCUUUUGUACGAAAGAAGGUUUGGACCAUACUUUAUAGAACCAGUUGUUGCUGGUUUGGAUCCUGUUACAUUUGAACCAUUUAUUUGUAACAUGGAUCUGAUAGGUGAUUUGAACAUACCAGAUGAUUUUGUAGUUGGCGGAACAUGUACAGAACAAUUAUAUGGUAUGUGCGAAUCAUUAUACGAGCCAAAUUUGGAAGCUGAUGACCUUUUUGAAACUAUUAGUCAAGCUUUGGUAAAUGCAUGUGAUAGAGAUGCUAUAUCUGGUUGGGGUGCUAUUGUCCAUAUCAUUGAAAAAAAUAAAGUUACAACAAGAACAGUUAAGACACGUAUGGAUUAAAAUAUUUUUUAUCAUUAUUUUAUGUCAAAAU